AAAACUGCAAACAAUGGUUCGCUUGCCACCCCUUACAGCGAACGUUCGCCAGGUACAGUUACCUUUUUUUUUUUUCUGUGUGUAUCUACAGUUUAGGUCCUCUCUUCUCUUUCCUUCAGCAGCCGUCUUGUUCGUCCCAUCCGAUCUCCGCCCACAACAACCCGAAGACGCCGACGAGGUAGCCAUGGGCGACAGCCAGUACUCCUUCUCCCUCACCACCUUCAGCCCAUCGGGGAAGCUGGUGCAGAUCGAACAUGCGCUCACAGCGGUCGGAUCAGGCCAAACCUCCCUUGGCAUCAAAGCUGCCAAUGGUGUAGUUAUUGCCACCGAGAAGAAACUGCCUUCUAUUUUAGUGGACGAAACAUCUGUGCAAAAGAUUCAGUCGUUAACUCCAAAUAUCGGUGUUGUCUACAGUGGGAUGGGUCCAGAUUUUCGUGUUCUUGUCAGAAAAAGUCGGAAGCAGGCACAGCAGUAUUAUCGGUUGUACAAGGAAACCAUCCCUGUUACCCAGCUUGUCCGAGAGACUGCUGCUGUUAUGCAGGAGUUCACUCAAUCUGGUGGCGUAAGACCGUUUGGUGUAUCACUGUUGAUUGCUGGUUAUGAUGACAAUGGCCCGCAGUUGUAUCAGGUUGACCCAUCAGGGUCUUACUUCUCCUGGAAAGCAUCAGCUAUGGGAAAAAAUGUGUCAAAUGCAAAGACUUUUCUUGAGAAAAGAUACACAGAAGAUAUGGAGCUUGAUGAUGCCAUCCAUACUGCAAUUUUGACUCUGAAAGAAGGAUAUGAAGGUCAAAUCUCUGCCAACAACAUUGAAAUUGGAGUUAUUCGAGCUGACCGUGAAUUCAAAGUUCUAACUCCAGCGGAGAUCAAGGAUUUCUUGGAAGAGGUGGAGUAAGCUGCCGGUUGACAACUUACUGUCCAACAUGAAACGUUUCCGAGCAAGUCUCCAUGGAGCUUGUCUGAUUUGCUCCAGUAACUUGCAUUUGAGUCCUUGUGAAUGCACAUUGUAGACAUUGAAGAUAUAACCUAAUGUUAGGUUUAUGUUUUGUUUUGGCCUUUUCUCUGGAUUUGCGUGCCAUUUUUUAUCUGGUCUAUAUGAUUAUCAGUUUGCAAAAUGAAGCACUAACGAAAACUAUAAUUGCUGCGA